UCUUACUCGGUCUGUAGAGCAAUGACGUCAGCAAUCGGAUGGUACGGACCUCUAAUCGACCUCUCCAACGCCGCUCUCCACGUCGGCGAUUUCGUUCAGCUUCUCGUUCUAGUUCACCGGUCCACGCCUGUUCAGUAUAAGCUGUCGAAUGGCGGAGAGGUGAUAAGGACACACAUUCAGGUCGGCGACAACACGCGACCAUUUUUUUCGGUGUCCCUAUGGCAGAAACAAAUGGCAUCAUUGGCAGUUGCUGGUGAUAUCCUACUUCUACAAAAUGUCAAGAUUACAAAAUUUGGAGGUACUAUUGAGGCCAGAACUGUUCAGUGCUCAAUGUUACAAUGUUUGAUCCACCCUCACGAAUCACUUUUCUCAAAGGGUGUUGAUGACUUAAUAGCCAAUUGUCGAGUUGGGAUAACAACAAAGGAAAAGCUUAGGAAGGUGAUAGGAUGGGUGCAGCAAGCUGGAUCCACUCUUUGCAAUAUUGACUUGCACAGUUAUCAAAAAAAGAGGCAUUUUUCAAGAAACUGGAAAGUGGUGGAAGAGAGAAAAUCUAGGGACUGUGUUUCCCUUUCAGAGGUAUCAUGUCUAACAAACUCCUGCAAGGCAGUUUUUCAUGCAUCGGUUGGGGAAAUUUUUCUGCCAUUUAUCCAGAUAGCUCUUGGUGAUUUCGAGGAGGAAAAGAUGUUUCUCAGCAGGAGAUUAUAUAGAACUGGAGAUGAUAGUUUAGCGGAGGAUCUCAUUUGCACUGGCUGCCAGCUGUGUGGUUCCCCGUUGAAUUUGGAGUAUAGGUCCAUGUUUGAGCAAAACACCAUUCCACUCUAUUGCUCAAAAAGUUCAGACCGUCUUCAUGCAGUAAGCUUGAUAUAUAGACCCUUUAUGUUAUACGUAUGGGAUGAAUCAAAAUACUUGCCCCUCCUCGUCAGGAACAAGGCUGCAGAAGUCUUGUUUGGAAACAUCAAGGCUGAAAGAGUCUACUUAUGCUAUAGAGGGCAAAGCCAUGACUGGAACCCUAAUCCAAAAGAUGUUCAAGGUUCUGAUUCUUCAUAUGCACAUAAGAAUCUCAAAUGGAAGGAAAAUCACCAUUGUGAUAAAAAGAUGAACUUCUAUUCGAUUUGGUUAAUUUUUCUGAAAUUGUUGUUGCAACAAGGAAAAAACACUCCUUUGAAAUUUGAAGUUACUGUAAAUGCUAGUUUAGAUAGGGCAAACGGGAGGUUUGAAAUGGUUUCUAUGUCAAUGCCAUGCUUCAGAGCAAAAUGAUCCGAUGUACAUUUCAUACCUGCAAUUGAGGAAUAAAUGUUACAUUGUUUUCGUUUUAAUUACCCAGUCUUGCAAAUCAAAAUAUGAACAAGGGGAAGUGUUUGGAGAUCUUCAAAGAAGAUAUACAGUUUUCUUUAAGCGAAUAAAAAUGAUUUUCUUGUGUCAAAUGUUCAACUUCGAGUACAUUUGGCAUCGCAACUUUGCAGACUAAAAAAUGCGAUUUAAAAACAAAUCGCAGAAAAAGCUAACUUAUCUCAAUUUGCAACCUCACAACUUUGCUGCAAAGCUAAGGUGAA